CAAAAAGUGUAAUUUUAAAAAGAAAAAGAAAAACCCCAAGGAAUAAGCAUAAGCAAAACAUAAUAAAAAAAAGAGGGAUGUGGAAGCGGCAUUGUUUUUUAUUUUGUAGUUUGUAGCGAUGAACGGUGCUGGUAGAGCCGUUGCUAAGGUUUCCGGCGAGCAUAACACGUCAUCGUCAAGCUUGGAUCUUAAUGGCGGCGGCGGCCGAGUAGCACCGCCUUACGAUUCAUCAUCCUUUGUUUUAGCUACCAGAUCUUCCAGACAAGUGCUGUCUUAUUGGACAUGUUCAAAGCUUUGUGCAAUUUGCUUUGUUGGUGGAGUUGUUUUUGGUUACACACUCAGAGGACGUGUUAAACGUUGGGCUUCCAAAAUUCUCAAGAAGCUUACCUGAAUUCAAACACUUUUUAGUUAUUUCACUUUUAUUCUUCUGAUUUUUACAGUUACAGUUCCUGAUUUGGUUAUGGUUCUGUUGCAUACAAAUCUUAGCUGCAGAAAAAAUUUCGAUUUUGUUCAAUUAUUAGAUGAUUACUGAUUAUGACUGUUGCUUGAUACUGAAUUCCAAAUGAAUUUGAAUGUCACAGUUAACUACACAACAGAUUGUUAAUUUCAGCACAAUAUCACCUUCUCAAGAUAGUUUACAUUCAACCUUACUUCAGUUCAGUUAUGAUUUCCAACCAGUUCACUUUUGGCAGCAGAUGCCACAAGUUUUGUCAUAGGACCUCAAUCUUGAUUAUUAUUCUCUGAAAUAAUGUAUUUGUUAUUAUUUUUAUCAAUUACCAGGCUUUACACUUAAA